UUGACAACUGCCGAAGCCAAGGCUUGGUGUGCCACAAAGAUGCGGAAUGCAUGGCCACGGGUGCAGGAGACUACUUCUGUGUUUGCAAAACAGGAUUUGAUGGAGACGGAACCGUGUGUACCGAUAUAAAUGAAUGCGCGGCCUCCUUGCACAAGUGUCACAAGGAUAGUGCUUGUGUAAAUACAGUUGGAAGCUACAGCUGUGUCUGUAAGUCUGGCUACACAGGCGACGGCUUUGCUUGCACCGAUAUCAAUGAAUGCUUGUCAGCCAAUGGCGGUUGCCACAAGGAUGCAUCGUGUGCCAACACUCCUGGGAGUAGGAUUUGCACGUGUAACUCCGGAUUUACCGGAAAUGGCAUCACUUGCAUGGAUAACGAUGAAUGCACUGCCUCCAGUGUUUGCCACUGGAACGCUUCAUGUAUCAAUACGCCAGGAUCCUAUUAUUGCUCAUGCAAGUCUGGGUUUAAGGGGAAUGGGUAUUAUUUAUGCUUGGACAUAGACGAGUGCACAGAAACCCCAGGAGUUUGCUCCUCAGCAUUCGGGUUCUAUGGGUGUAAAAACUUGCCCGGUUCCUAUCAGUGCACGUGUGCCUCCGGCUACCAGUUUACUGACAACAAGUGUGUCGAUGUUGAUGAAUGUGCUAACAAGGUAUGUCACGUCUUCUCCAACUGUACCAACACCCCUGGCUCAUACAGCUGUGUCUGCAGGCAAGGAUUUAAUGGCAACGGUCUGGUCUGCGUGGACAUUAACGAGUGCGAAACAAAUAAUAAGUGCCACAUUAAAGCCAACUGCUUUAAUCUUCCGGGGAGCUAUAACUGUGUGUGCAAACCUGGCUUCACUGGGAAUGGCCUUGUCUGCGCUGAUAUUGAUGAAUGUGCCCAAGCAAAUAUCUGCCCAGCAGAGUCCACAUGCAUCAACUCGGAGGGCUCAUUCCGCUGUGAGUGCCCUUUGGGCUUUACAGUGAGUGACUUUAAAUGCACCGAUAUUGACGAAUGCAAAAAUGGAAUCUGCAGUCCGUUUGCCAGUUGCCAGAAUUCGCCGGGAAGUUUUACCUGUUCAUGCCGGAGUGGCUUUAGUGGAAAUGGAACCUCCUGUGUAGAUGUUAAUGAGUGUAUACAGAAUAAUGGAGGGUGCCACGGAAAUGCUAUCUGUAACAAUACGCAGGGCUCCUAUAGUUGCAGCUGUAAAGGAGGGUUUGUGGGGGACGGCAUAAUACAAUGUAAAGAUAUCGACGAGUGCAGUGAAAACAGCGGCAUUUGCCAAUAUGGUGGCCUGUGCUUAAAUACCCCUGGAUCUUUUCGGUGCCAGUGUGCCAGUGGGUUUCAGGCCCUUAACAACACUUGCCAAGACAUUGAUGAGUGUAAGACUGUGAAUGGAAAUUGCCCACUUAAUGCGCUGUGCCAGAACUCCCUCGGGUCCUAUUCGUGCCAGUGCAAAGCUGGUUUUAGUGGCAUUAAUAGCUGCAGUGACAUUGAUGAGUGCCUGAGUAAUCCUUGCCACGCUCAGGCCACUUGUAAAAACACAUUCGGAUCAUUUGAGUGCAGCUGCAACGAUUGGUUUGUGGGAAAUGGUUUCAACUGCACCGACAUCGAUGAAUGUAUAAACCCUUCGUCCUGCCACUCUAAGGCAAACUGCCAGAAUUUAUAUGGCGGAUACAAAUGCGAAUGCUUCCAGGGAUUUUUAGGAAAUGGCUUUUUUUGUGAAGACGUGAAUGAGUGCGCGCUAAAGAAUGAAACGUGCAGCAAUGAUACAGUCUGUAUUAAUUCAGAGGGCUCCUAUGUUUGCUCUUGUUUAAAUGGCACCCUGUUGGUUAAUGGCAGCUGCGUGAUGCCCAGUUCCGCCUGCAGGCCCACUUGCCAUCCCAAAGGCCUCUGUCAUAAAACCUUCAUGGGCUAUAGAUGUGUUUGUGACGUUGGAUUCCAGGGGGAUGGAGUCAGUUGUGCAGAUAUUGAUGAAUGUACAAGAGAUGUUUGCAAAGACGACACAAGAUUCUGCGUCAACACGCCGGGGUCGUAUCGCUGCAUCUGCAAGAAUGGCUUCUUCCUCAACGACACUCACUGCUCAGAUAUUGAUGAAUGUGCCACAGGAGCUCAGGACUGCCACCCACUGGCUGAAUGUUUUAAUACCGUGGGCAGCUAUGAGUGCAGAUGCCAGACUGGAUUUCAUGGCAAUGGACGUAAUUGUACAGGUAAGUUGUAUACCAACAUUGAUGAAUGCCAGAAACAUAAUGGAGGAUGCCAUGGGUCGGCUACCUGUACAAACACACCUGGACGGUUCUACUGUUCGUGCUUUAAAGGUUUCACUGGGGAUGGUGUUGAAUGCUGGGACAUUAAUGAAUGCCAAGACAACAACACCAUUUGUGGCAACUUCUCAGACUGUAUAAAUACACAAGGUUCUUACAGCUGCACUUGUAAAGAAGGGUUCCGUGGGGAUGGAUUCAACUGCAAGGAUGUGGAUGAGUGUUCUGCCUCUGGUGUUUGUGGUGAGAAUUCACGGUGUGAAAACUCCUUUGGUUCUUUUUCUUGCUGGUGCAAUUCGGGAUUUACAAUGACCAACGGCUCCUGUGCAGAUAUCAAUGAGUGCUCUCCCCCUCAUCCCUGCAAUGAGCAUGCAAACUGCAAUAAUACAAAAGGGUCUUUCCUCUGCAAAUGUAAAAGUGGCUUCUCUGGAAAUGGAACCACUUGUGAAGAUGUCAAUGAGUGCGGUUUUGAGCCUCCUGUGUGCCCGUUGAAUUCCCAGUGUAUUAAUGAAGUUGGAUCUUUUUAUUGUGAAUGCUGGGAAGGCUAUGAAAAAAAUGGUUCCCUUUGCCUUGAUAUAGAUGAGUGUUUACACCCUUCCAUGUGCCACCACCACAGUGUUUGUAUCAACAGCCCAGGCUCAUAUGAUUGUAUCUGUGUAGAGGGGUUCACAGGAAAUGGUUCAUUUUGUGAAGACAUAAAUGAAUGUGAACAGGAAAACAUAACACACAGAUGCCACAAUGGCUCCCAGUGCAUCAACACAAUGGGAUCAUUCAUCUGUCAGUGCAAUGUGGGCUUUGGAAGUAAUGGAAGCCUGUGCUUAGACCUAGAUGAAUGUGCAAUGAACUUAUCCAACUGCAGCAGCUUCCAAAACUGCAUCAACACCAUUGGCUCCUACACGUGUCAGUGUAAGAAAGGAUUUAUCCCUGAUGGUGAAAACUGUACAGACGUCGAUGAAUGUUUUCUCAAUGGCACUGCCUGCCAUGAAAGAGCAUCUUGUAUUAAUACUCUAGGAACAUAUUUGUGUUCUUGCCAGUCAGGAUUUUCUGGAAAUGGGGUAAUGUGCACAGACGUUGAUGAGUGUCUUGGUGGAGCAAGCUGCUCAGAGAACAUGGUGUGCAUGAACACGCCCGGCUCUUUCCAUUGUUUCUGUGAUAAAGGAUACUACCUACAAGAUAUCAGCUGCAUUGAUAUCGAUGAAUGUUUGAACAAAACCUUUUAUUGUGGCUCAGCAGGGAUAUGCAUGAACUUGCCAGGAUCAUAUUCAUGUACGUGCCCUCUGGGCUAUAUUCAGAAAGGCAACACUUGCUUUGACAUAGAUGAGUGCUCAAACCCAACUAAAUAUUGUCAUCAGCAAGCUCAGUGUCUGAACACUCCUGGCUCGUAUUCAUGCCUCUGUAGGGAGGGGUAUUUAUCAUAUGGAGACACCUGCACAGAUAUUGAUGAAUGUUUGAUUAGAAACAAUGAUUGCCAUUCUCAAGCCGAGUGCAUCAACACACUGGGCGGCUAUUACUGUGUGUGCAGAUCUGGAUUCCUGGGGGAUGGAUACACGUGUAAAGAUAUUGAUGAGUGUUCCACCUCUGAUUCUUGCCAACCAAGAACUAAGUGCCUGAACCUUCCCGGGUCUUACACGUGCAUUUGUGAUCCAAAAAGUAACUGCCUGCCCAAUGCAGCAAAGGGUUUGUUCUUUUAUUUAUUUGUUUCAUUAUAAUGUAAUCAGCUGUCCCUUUUGUGAUGAUAAUAAGUGCUACCUUGAUAUGCCUUCA